AUGAAGGUACUCUAUAACAAGCAGGACCUCAUAGGUCAGGAUAUCCUGCCGGAUGAUGCAUUCUGGGAGGUCCGGCACAUACUCGAUUCCGAGCUCAAGCACCACUUCUUCAACAGCUUAGAGUUCUACGAGACUUUCUCUCCCGACCCGGGUGUUGCAGAAUUUGAUCCAUCCCAGGGAGAUCUUUUCGGUAUCGGUCGAAUCAGAAUCGACAUGGCAGCGGGCGUCCGCCUUGUUCUUGACGACGUUGUUUACAACCCGGCCCUUGUUACCGAAGUACUGAACAGGCCUAUGGUCGUUAUCAGCCUGUCAAGACUCCUGAAAACCCUCGGCUGCACUACCGAGAUCGACAGAUACGAUAACUGGGUCAUCAAACAAGGUGACCAAAUUUUUAUCCUUGGAGCAAAGCCUCCCCAUGGUCCCCCGGAGCAGCGUUGGGCCCUGGGCCCACGUAUCCCGGAGAGCGGUAACAUUGCAGUACCGCGAGCGCUCCAAGCAGCCAUCGCCUUGGGUUCAACGGAAGCUGAAGACCAACCCCCAAGAGGCGUCCAGGCUCCUGUGAUGAGGCCAACAGCGCAGUCGGCGGAGAAUCCAGUCGUUGUAGGGAUGUCGACUGUGAGAGCGCCGGCCGCUCCCUCGAGGCCUGCCCCUACGCCACAGCACAAUGUCAGUGCCCCGACGCCAAGUCUCAGGGAGAGGGCUCCGGGUUUCCAGCAUAUCGGCGGGAUGUGGAUUUCACAAACCACGCCAGUCCCAGGCACGCCCGUGAGAAGCGUCCCUAGCUCCCACAAUAGACUGGGCGGGAGAGUGGAAGCCGAUCUGCCGAAGCCAUCACCCAGUAAACCCCUGCCUAAUCCCCAAAACGCCGCACGCUCGCGAUGGGGUAAAGUGGAGCAUAGAAGCCUUCCCCGGGUCGACGAGAGGGCAGCCAGGGCACCGACGGCCCGGGGUUCAAAACCAAGUGCGCCUGUUAUGCGAAAGCCGAAUGCCUCACUCGACGUCGGUUUCUGGGCUUCGAUUUUCGGUCAAUCAAGAACGUCUACCAACCGAAAACAGGAUAAGCAUCGACCAGCGGCUGCGAAGGCUCAGGGGACUCCGAGCACACAAGGAAAUGUUGGACAGGGCAAGACGGCGGUGACGGCACAGAAAUGUGCAACCAGGCAGGAAGCUGGCAGGAAUGGUCAGACAGCUACGACUGCCAUUGCGCCUGGGACGGCCAAGGUCGAGCUGGUCAAGCAAGGCCAAAGCAGAGCCGGGAAGCAGCCUGCUACGUCUAAGAACUCGAAGACGACCUCUAAAUCGGUAAGAAUCCUCUGA